CGCCAGCUCAUGAAUAUGCAGGAGGCGGCGCACGGAGGAGGCGGCGUUUAAAUACCGGGACACCGGCGGCUCCUCCUCAGCAGCGACACUUCCACGGAAGAGCGGCGGCACCGAGGAGCAGAUACAUUCCAUUCAGCGUUUGCACGCCUGUUUUUGAACCCGUAAAGAUGUCCACCAAGGAGAAGCUCAUCACCCACGUGAUGAAGGAGGAGCCUAUUGGCAGCAGGAACAAGGUGACGGUGGUGGGUGUCGGCAUGGUGGGCAUGGCCUCUGCCGUCAGCAUCCUGCUCAAGGAUUUGUGUGAUGAGCUGGCUCUGGUCGACGUGAUGGAGGACAAGCUGAAGGGUGAGGCCAUGGACCUGCAGCACGGAGCUCUGUUCCUCAAGACGCACAAGAUCGUGGCCGACAAAGACUACAGCGUGACGGCCAACUCCAGGGUGGUGGUGGUGACCGCCGGAGCCCGUCAGCAGGAGGGCGAGAGCCGCCUCAACCUGGUGCAGCGCAACGUGAACAUCUUCAAGUUCAUCAUCCCCAACAUCGUCAAGUACAGCCCCAACUGCAUCCUGAUGGUCGUCUCUAACCCAGUGGACAUCCUGACCUACGUGGCCUGGAAGCUGAGCGGUUUCCCCCGUCACCGCGUCAUCGGCUCCGGCACCAACCUGGACUCUGCUCGUUUCCGCCACAUCAUGGGGGAGAAGCUCCACCUCCACCCGUCCAGCUGCCACGGCUGGAUCGUCGGGGAGCACGGGGACUCCAGCGUGCCCGUGUGGAGCGGUGUCAAUGUUGCUGGAGUGUCUCUUCAGGCCCUCAACCCAAAGAUGGGGGCUGAGGGCGACAGCGAGAACUGGAAGGCUGUGCACAAACAGGUGGUUGAUGGAGCCUACGAGGUCAUCAAGCUGAAGGGCUACACUUCCUGGGCCAUCGGUAUGUCUGUGGCCGACCUGGUGGAAAGCAUCUUGAAGAACCUGCACAAAGUUCACCCCGUGUCCACGCUUGUCAAGGGCAUGCACGGCGUGAAGGACGAGGUCUUCCUGAGCGUCCCCUGCGUCCUGGGCAACAGCGGCCUGACCGACGUCAUCCACAUGACGCUGAAGGACGAGGAGGAGAAGCAGCUGAUUAAGAGCGCGGAGACGCUGUGGGGCGUGCAGAAGGAGCUCACCCUGUAAAGGUCUCCCGUCCUGGAACCCCCCCGCCCCUGAAAUCACACCGAAACACCCUCGUACCCUACCUCCUCGCCUCGCAGCAACGGGCCAGAGACGCCUCGGAAAAACAUCAGGAAAGGCGGCGGUGGUUGUUGUUGUCGUUGUCGUUGCUAAACCAAAAAGAUCUUUAAUCGCAGAUAUUCAGAUAUAAGUGGACGUUGUUUCCCUUUGCCUCCACGACUGAAGUCUCUUUUCUUGACCCGUAGCCUGUGAGGUCAGCCUGUGUUGGAGAGAGGAUGUAUCUGUCUGUUCUCUGUUACACACACUGAGCAUAUAUAUAUAUAUACACAUAUAUAUAUGCUCCGUGUACUGUAUGUUAUUGUGUACUGUUGUCGUCUUCUGCACACUCCUUGGUCCUAGUUCGUAUUUAAAAUGCUGUGGUUGUCACCUGUAGUUGUUUCCCACUCGGCUCACGAUCUCUGUUCAUUUUUAUUUUAUUUUAUUAUUUUUAUUUUUAUUAUUCGGAGCAUUAUAGAGACAUUCCAUUCUCUAUGAGGAGGAGGACACUUAACACCAACACUGCCGCCUACCAAAGUGCAACAUCUGCCUUUUUCAAUUAAAACCCAACCACAAGUGCACUGACAGACAAUUAAAACAUCCGGCCGUAGUUUAACUCCAGGAAAAACUGGACAGAGGAGCCGGUGGGACAGAGUCAACCAGCGUCAGCUUACGGAUCCUAACAGAAUAUCUCAGUACUGGAGGUGUUGUUUGUUCGCGCACCCUAAAUGUUUUGUAUUUAUUUUACCCCAACAGGCACUCGAAAACAGACAAAUAUAUACAUAUAUAUAAAUAUAUAUAUUCUGUUAUCUGUAUUUAUAGCUGUCGAUGCUGUGUUAACGUUACCAGACGGAUUUAUCAACCACUCACUGAAUAAACCGAGGAACCGAACCCGUCAUGGCAGCUGGAUGUUGAUUUGAUUUGCUGUAACAUCAAUUAAAUCUGCCGGGAUAAUGAUGGAA